CACCGACGUACGAGGUGCAGGAAUGAAGGUGAAUUUGAGUAGCGCCGUUUUGCUGGCGGCCCUCCUAUUGGCCAGCACCACCGCCACCCCCCAACCCCCGGAUGAGGGAGCCGAUGUGAGGGCAAAUGUACCGCAAACCUCCGCUGAUGAGCCUCAGGAAAAGUUCUCCGAGGUGGGGGAGCAACAUAUCUCCCCAAGUGCGGUGCCGGAGAAAUCCCCUGGUGGAGAAGAAGGGGAACCACGAACCUCCAUUGUUGUGUCUUCAGCGAAACCAAUCGAAGUGAGGGAAUCGUGGGCUUCCUCAAGUGCGGUGCCAGAGAAUUACCCCGAAGGGGAUGGAGGGGAACCCCCAGCAAAAUCCAUCGUAGAAGAGGAAAUAAAGGCCUCCUCAAGUGCAGCACUAGAAAAAUCUGUCGGCUUGGGGGAAGAGGAACCCCAAACUUCCCCGGACGCGACCCAACAGGCAGGCGAGAAAGAGCAAGGAAAUCCAACCCUCGCGAAGUUGGGGGAGCAUGACAGGCUCGCGGGGCAAGAUGAGGAGCAGAAGGCUGAGCAAAGAAAGAAGUUCUUCCUCUGGGCGAGCUACACCACCACCACCAAGUUCAAGCUCUCCUUCACCACCUCCUCUAUCCCCGCCACCUGCUUCACCACUGUGAAUGCAGUUCCUUGUAUGGGCCGUCGCAAGAAAAGUAUCUUGCAGCGCCUGACAAAAUUGAACCCUGAUACCCACCACGAGAGGCUGGAUGGGUCCAUGCGGGGAGCGCACCCCCCUGACCUGGAGGAGGACUUGGCGCGGGAGGGGGCUGAGGCCCGCAAGCUGCUGACGGUGUGGUCGACAGCGUUCUCCACCAAGACGGCUACGUCCUACUUUACCAACACGUCCGUCACCGUCCGUAUGUCGGCGGCCUGCUCCAUCGCGGGAAUCGGGUACCCGGGCUGUGGGUAGUUCCAAAGACCCACCCUGUGUUGGCUGAUAACGAAGAUUCUCCUUGGGGAUGAAGACUUUUGGGUAGUAUGAAAGUUUUAGCCACACAUAAAGCUACUUAUUUCCUUACUUAGUGGUACUUGUACUUUCACGUAAGAGGAACAUGUGUCCUCGUGCGUAAAUUUGUUGUACCCUAUCGUUUGCGGUAUUUAGCUGGUGGCCGAGGACGUUUUCAUUUAUGGACUCCAGAAGCAAGGCGGCAUGAUCGUCACCGAAUUAAAAAAUGGACGGCAUUUCUACAGCGUGUUGUAAUGUUGAGUGUAACGUUAAAGGUGUGUAAAAAGCUCGCAUCAAUCGUGUACGUGGCAGAGGCAAAUGCCGAGCCGUCCAUCCAGCGGAUUUCAUAAAUACGACCGCAUCUCGACGUGGAUCAGCGGAAAAAUAUUUUUAUCGAACAAUUAACAGCCAUUGGUUCUCAACAUUUGGUUUCAGCAUGCAAAUUAAAUGUCCUGUAUACGUACACUAUAAUUUUUAUAAAUUAAAAAUAGUGACAGAUUUAUACACUAGACGCACGUUUUUGAUUACCUAACAGGUUUACAAUUUGCGUUUCAAAUGCCAUCAGUUUUAAAUGAUUGGGUGAAGGUGUGCUUGUGUUUUGAAUGUACCGUAGGAAAUGUCCUUGCCUUGCCUUCUUUCAUUGCUCUAGAAUUACGCGCAAUAAUCAUAAUAGCUUGCCGUUAUACUGUAUAUAUGUACAUAUUUUGACCCCUAUUAAAUGAAGUAAAAACUCAUAGAUCAGCACAGUUU